AGCUCGCGCUCAUCUUCAGUCAGUUCACUACGCGCUCGCUCACUGUCCGCGAGAGUCAGCAGCAACCACUUAGAGACUUUCUCUAAAAAAUUGCCUUAUUCAGAGAAGGAAAACGACAAGACUUCUGACAUCUCUUGUGUCUUUUGAAGGGGGUCACAUACAACUAUCCAAAGCGACAUGUGGAUUUACAAAAUUUUGCUCUGUGUGGCCGUGUUGGUUUACUCAGAAACGAAGAGGCAUGCCCUGCAAGAUUAUCAGAAGACUGAUGCUGUGCGCCUGGUCACGGCACCUGAUGUGUCCUACAUGUCCAAGGGCCGCAAGAUGAGUUUGGUAAAGUGUGCACGUCGCUGUAGCCGCAACAGGAAGCUUCAGUUCAUCUGCAGAGCAUUCAACUUUGAUCAGAAAAAUGCAAAGUGUCAUUUACUCUCCUAUGACAGCCUCACUGUCAGUGUCCGUAUGGAGAAUGACUUCAACUUUGAUCUAUAUGAGAAGAAAGACUUCAUGAGAGAAUGCAUCAUCGGUAAUGGAUUCAACUACAAAGGAAAGAGAUCGGUGACAAAGAGUGGAGUCCAGUGCCAACUCUGGAAUACCCAAAAGCCGCAUGAACACAAUUUCUUACCCCUGAGGCACAAGCACAGAGAUCUACAGGAGAAUUUAUGUCGUAAUCCAGACAACACCACAACAGGUCCUUGGUGCUAUACCACAGACCCCAAAAUACGGGACCAGGACUGCAGCAUCCCACAAUGCUCGGAAGUGGAAUGUAUGACGUGUAAUGGAGAAAGUUACCGUGGACCAUUGGACCACACAGAGAGCGGCCGGGAAUGCCAGCGCUGGGACCUUGAUGAACCACAUAAACACCUUUUCCACCCUAAAAGAUACCCCGAUAAAGGUCUAAAGGACAACUACUGCAGGAACCCAGACGGGCGCCAGAGACCCUGGUGUUUCACCACUGAUCCGAGCACUCCAUGGGAGUACUGUAACAUCAAACAGUGUGAUUCAGACAACGGCGGUCACAUUGAAAACACAACAACUUGUUUCCAUGGGCGUGGAGAGGGUUAUCGUGGAACGGUUGGCAUCACCCACGAGGGAGUGACCUGUCAGAGAUGGGAUGCCCAGUUUCCCCAUCGACACUUUUAUACGCCACAGAAUUACCGUUGCAAGGAUCUCCGGGAGAACUACUGUAGGAAUCCUGAUGGUCGUCAUCUCCCAUGGUGUUUCACGACUGACCCCAAUGUACCUAUGGCAUUCUGCACCAACAUUCCUCGCUGUGGCGUACAACUAUCUGAACCUGAAGAGUGUUAUAUGGGCAUUGGUGACACAUACAAUGGAAAACGGGCAAAAACACGCUCUGGCCUCCCUUGUGCUCCAUGGAAAGACCACAGUAAAAGUAGUGAAAGAGAUGCAGACUUGCUGAUGGCUGAACAGGCGGGGAACUUCUGCAGAAACCCGGACAAGGACAAACAUGGCCCGUGGUGUUAUACCAACAGCUCAUCCAUCCCCUGGGAUUACUGCUCUCUCAAACCCUGUGAGCCCUCACAUAACAAUCUACCACAAAAAGAUGAGGGUACAAAGACCUCAUGUUUUGUUCACAAGCAGGUGAGAAUCGUCGGUGGUGGGCCUGUCCGGAUUAAAGAAGGCAGCUGGAUAGUCAGCAUACAGAGAGGGAGCACUCACUGGUGCGGAGGUUCUCUGGUCAGGGAGGAGUGGGUGCUGACAGACAGACAGUGCUUCUCGUCAUGUGUGCCUGACCUAUCAGAGUACAGAGUUUGGCUUGGUAUAUCCCAUUUGAACGAGUCGGGUGAGAAUGACUUCCACAGACAGGAGAGGAGAAUCUCGCACGUCAUCUGUGGUCCGGAAGGCUCUAGUCUCGCCCUGCUCCGACUGGCUCAACCUGCACUCCCAAGAGAGCAUGUCAGAGUUAUUCAGCUGCCUGUGGCAGACUGCAGAAUUCAGGAGGACACCAUAUGCUCUGUGUACGGCUGGGGUGAGACCAAAGGCACUGGACAUGAGGGAACGUUGAAAAGAGUUCAUCUGCCCAUAGUGAGCAAUGGACGAUGCCAUCAGCUUCACAAAGGGAAAAUCCCAAUCAACAGUUCAAAACUGUGUGCUGGUGGCAGGAUGGAUGAAGGAGUGUGCGAGAAAGACUAUGGCGGCCCUCUAGUAUGCCAAGAGAGUAACAGUAAAGUCAUUGUCGGCGUGAGCAUAAAUGGCAGAGGAUGUGCCCUAAACAACCGGCCGGCCGUUUUCGUGAACGUGGCCUUCUAUGCUGGAUGGAUUCAUAAAGUGUUCAGAAAUUAUCCAAACUCAGAAGUAAACAACUGAUGGAGAAUAAGCAGGACUGAGCAUACAAUUUAAGAAUAAAAUUUUAGACUCUCCAUAAAUCCCACAGGUUAUUUCUUGAUUUAAGGGUCACCUGAACAGCUCUUUUUGAAAAAGCUUGGCCGAGAAACAUACAUUCAGAAACUACUCAAAGAGCUAGAACUGCGGCUGGAACUGUUGCUAUGAAUUUAAGCAAUUUGUUCACCUAAUAAUGCCAGAACCGCAGAGAAAGGCGUUAGGAGACAGAGUCUCAAAGGCUAAAUUCGCAACUAGCCAUAUGGAAAUAUAAAGACUACUGGACCGAAGUGCGGACGAGCAGCCAGAAUCUGUUUCAAGAAUCAAUAGCAAUUCCUGGCCACCAACCAAAAACCUCAAGUCCUCGAAGAGAAAUCUUGCUGCAGUGCGCUACAAAGUUUUCAUAUGUACAUUCAACCCACACAUUACCCAUCAAACUAACAAUCUGGACUUCAGUUGGGAUAUUGGAUUCAGAGACCUAACCCAAGUUUGAGUCUGGAUUCAGACCAGGACUUGAUAUAUGGAUACAAAUUCUCAGAUCCCAACAGGAAUCUGCCGUUCCCUCCUUUAGAAGUGUUCAAAGCUGACCGACGUACACAUUUCGGCCACUCCUCAUCGAGAAAGAGGGCUGUUAUGAUUACAAGUGCUUGUUGAUAUAAAACGAUCAUUAACAGUGUCAUUCAAAAAGCCCCUCGAUAAAGUAUUAGCUGUUAGCUGUUAGCUAAAUGUAGAACAUCUUAUGGGUAAAAGUAUACAUGGAAGGUUUUUUGCGUUUGUGCUCCUGAUUAUACUUGAAAACACACAUGAGAGAGGUCACUGUGUCCCUCAAUAACACCUACUCGUGUCGCCAUUACAGAUUGCUGUUUGGUCAGUGUAGGUGUUUAUGUAGUCAGAGGUGUUCCAUCCAUUUCCAGUGUUGAUAUUUUGUCCGCAAGCCUGAACGGAGAUGACAUGACCUGCUUGUAGUGACAUGCAGCAAAAAAAUCGUAGUUGUCAUAACAUAUCAGCAUCUGAGGUUCCCAUACACUCUGUUUGGUUUAGAGCGGAAUUCAGAGGAGGAUUUGGAAAUGUGUGUUGUAAAUACUGUGGUCAUGGGAGUGGGGUAAUCACUCCCAGUUCUUUCGUAGGUCUCAUAGACCUUUAUAAGAGGUUGGCCUCCUCCAUUCCAGUGUCCUCAUUGGGUGGUUUUAUAUAUUUGUAAAUACAUCUGUAUUAAUUUCAAAUGCACAUUUUGUCUGUUGUGAAACUCAAGAAGGAGUGUGAUAUUUUAUGUUCAUGCACAUGUGUAUGCGAGUGUGUGUAAUGCUGCAAAGAUGCAUUGAGGCCGAAAAGUGCAUCUCUGCAGGACAGAGAGCAAAACGAGCACACAUCUUCUGUUCUUGUAGACAUCAGAAUAAAGAAAUUUAGCGAUUAAUUUAGCUGUUUUUCAGAUCAGAGCCGGUGUAAGAUAAAUCUGAGUGAUUUUCUUUCUUGUGUGGUCUUGGAUUGCUCAUUCCGCGAGCAUCUCGUUCCCUCACGCUGGCCUGCCUCCAAAAACAAUCAACUUGGGAAAUUACCUCCAAAAAUCAUGUCGGCUUAAACAAAUAGCUCUCUGAGUGAUGGCUCAUAAGUGUUUGUAUUCCAACCACUCCCGAUGCUAAUUAUGUUGGUUAAAAUGAAGGAUGAGUUUAAUUUGUAAGAGUCCUAAGGCACAAGUCCUAUGUAAGGAUGUUGUUGAACACAUUGAGAUUAGUGUUACUAAAGCACAAGACAAGGCAAAAGAUCCCUUCAGUCUUACCUCAUUUGGCUUUAACAUUUAUCAAAACAAAUGUUUUUGUGUAGUAGAGGUUUUUUUUGUUUUGUCUUUGUUUUUUACUUUAGAACAAUACGAAACCUGUGUUUUAGGAAACCUAGAAGCUGCUGGACGAUGAAGCGGCUUCUUCUGAACUUUUUGAGGAAGACUCGUUGAGGAACAAAUUCACUCGCAGUAUUUGGUGCGAAAACCUGCAUCGCAUUCCAUAACCAUAAUCCAGUUUAACCAGCUGAUAAAGUCAUUGUCAAUAUUUUCAGUGCAAACAUACCUCCUUUAUGGAUAUGCAUAUUAGGCUAAUUAUGGAGUGUGUAUUAUUCACAAAACCCACUGAUAUUUGCCUGCUGCAAUUAAUGUCCCGGUACUGCAGUUAAAUGACAUUUCAUUUUCAAUAGCUGUACAUUAUCUAUUGAACAUGGCAGUACAUGGAUUGCACUGUUACUUCAUUUACAUGUCUUUUUGAAUCAUGAGCUAAAACUUGUAAAAAAAAAAAUGCUUUGUUAAAUCAUAAUUAUGAAAUAAAAUGUUAUUUAUGAGAUUAAAAAAAUAUGGCAAAAAAAACAACAACAUCAUGAUUGUGAGAGCAAAGCCAUAAUUGUAAUUCAAAUAAUACAAUUGUAAUUCAAAUGACAUAAUGUGUAAUAAUGAGGUCAAAUAAGUGAAUAACAAGUCAUUCAUGAAAUAAAAUCAUAAUUGUGAGUCAUUAUUUUGAGAUUAAAUUAAUUGACAUAAAAAGUCAAAAUUAUGUCAAACGUCAUAACUGAAAUAACUAACAAGAAAAAUAUGUAAUUGUAACACAGAGGUCAUAAUUAUGAGAUCAUAUUUGAGUCAUAUUUGAGAUACUCUAAAUUAUGACAGGAAAUGUCAACUGUGAAAAAAUAUUAAUUUUAUGACUGUUAGUUAUGACAGUCAAAAUGAUGACAGGCAUAAUUAUGACAUAAUAGAAAGUCAGAGUUCUGAGAUAGGUGUAAUCUUGACGGAAAAAUAUAUCUGAGAUAAAUUAUGCCCAAAAGUUGAAACUGACACGCAUAUUUCAGAUCAAGUUGAAAUGGACAUAAAAAACAAAUGUAUUAUGAUGGUCACAAUUAUGACAUAAAAAAGUCAGAAUUAUGAUAUAGAGUCAAAAGAAUGAUCUUUGUGUCAAUUUUAGUUUUUGACAACUUUUAUUUCGUAUUAACUUUUUGUUAUAAUGUUGAGUUUUAUCUCAUAACUUUGACUUUUCAUCUCAUAAAUAUUUGUUUUUUAUUUUUAUAUCAUAAGUCCUAUAUAUGUACUGUAUCAUAAGUAUGAUUCACCAAAGCAUUUUAUACUUUAUGUGACAGAAACGGGCUUUACAUUAGGCAGCACAUGCGAAAAAAAGAAAAAGAAAAAAAAAAGGCAUGCGCACUUCAACUCUGAAUUCUACUCUUAAUGUCUGAAAAGGCCUGUGGUCUGCCAGUUCAUAUGUGUUUGAUAGAUUGCUCCUCUCUCUGAUGUUUAUAUGUGAGAAAGACGGCAGGUGAAUGUAUAGUGAGCUGCUACGGACAAUGUAAAGUUGUAAAAUGUUGUCUUUGUACAGUGUGUUUAAUGUCUCACCUAUUCAUGUACAGUAAUAUUCAUACUCAAUGUAUUAUUCACCUCUCAUACCGACUACAGUAUUUAUCAACUUUGCCUGUGUUUGUGUUUAUUAAUAUAUAUAUGUGUGUGUGUGUGUGUGAGAGAGUGUAUGUGUGUGUGUGUGUGUGUGUGCGCCUUCAGCAUAUCUGACAAGAAUCUUUUGAAUAGCAAUAAAAACAUGAAGAACGCAAGAAAAGAAUAAUAAUAAUAAAGUUUGCUCACACAUCACCGAAAGUAGAAGG